AUGCUAACCUAUGUUCAUGAUGCAGUGUUACCUAUGGAGGUGGUGGUGAGGUCGUGGAGAGUAUCUAAGCAAAAUCAUUUGACUCUAGAAGAAUACAAUGAAACCAUGAUGAUGAAGUUAGAAAAUUUAGAAGAAGGGAGACUUCAGGCUUUAAACAAUAUGAUUAUACAGAAGAAGAAAGUCUCCAGAAGCUACAAUAAGAAAGUUCGAGCUAAGAAAUUUCGAGAGGAUGAGCUAGUAUGGAAGUUGAUCUUACCCCCUGGUACUAAAGACGGAGAAUAUGGAAAAUGGUCUACUAACUGGGAAGAGCCAUUCUUAAUCCACAAGGUGAUGAAGGGGAAUGCAUACUGGUUAUCAAGUCUAGAGGAUAAGAGGCUACAAUUAAUCGACUAUGGGAAGUUUCCAGAAGUUGGUUCUAGAAGUUAA